AUGGGCAUGAGCCUUUUCCCGAACCUCGAGAAGGAUGACACGCCCUCGCCGCGGGUGCUGCAGUGCGGUCCCGAGGGCCCGAGCAUGGCGUCCGUGAGCUCUCUGGUGGUCUCCAAGGCGGCCGGCCCCCUGGGCCGCCGUGCCCUGGCGCGGGAGGACAACAGCGGCUCCGCCGGGAGCCCCGGGAGCGCUCGGCGAGAGGCACCGAGCCCCCGGCUCCCCCCGGCUCCCCCCGAGCGGCUCCCGAUGCCGCUGCGCGGGCUGCGCUUUGUGGAGCGGGAUGUGGGCACCGCCCAGAGCGCCGCGGAGGCGUUCUCGCGGGCGGGCGCCGUGCCGCUGCGGGUGCUGCAAGGGGACCUCGCGGCUGUUGCGCGAGGGGCUCACGAGGGCCUCACGAUCGCGGAGGGCGAAGGUACUGUUUCCGGGGGGGCUGCAAGCGGCGCUGCCAGCGCUGGCAGCGCCGCUGGCGGCGCUGCUGGCAGCGCUGCUGGCAGCGCUGCUGGCAGCGCAGGCUCCAAGGCCGAAGCUGCUUUGCCGCCGCUUCCCCUGGAAUCUACGGGCCGGACCUUCCUCAUCUUCGGGGCCAACUCCGCGGGGAUCGCCUCUGGCGGGCUGCAGCGGGCCGUGGCAGAGGCCUUCCCAGCGCAGUUCGAGGACCUGCGUCGGCAGAUCAUAAGGGCGAACUGCGAAGAGCCGCAGGUCUUUGUGAGCCGCGAGGGGCCGGAGCUGUGGCUGGUGGCGGUGGUGUGCUUUCCGCGUCCGGCGAAGGAGCAGGAGCUGGCAGAGAACGGCUUCCUGCGGGCGCUGGAGCUGGCGGAGGACUGCGCGCAAGGCGGCGACUUCGAGGUGGUCACCCACGCUCUGGGCAGCUUCACUGGACACCCAGGCCGCUUCGGCGCUUCGGGCCCGAAGCUGGGGGAGGAGUUGCCUCGGAGCGGCGAAGUGGGCCGCGAAGCCCCAGUCUUUGGGGUCUUUCAUAUGAAGCCGAAGAAUGUCCGAACAUCGGGGGAUCUUCCGAAGACGCGGGGGUUUCCCAGGUGUACAGGUGUAUCACCAGAUGUGGGCUGCGGAGAAGGAGCCCAGGACUUCCCCGCCAGCAUGGCCCGCGGCCUGCUGCGGUACCUCGAUCGAACCUGA